AUGCGGAAAAAACGCCAGGAGCGGCCUCCCCGCGCCUCCCACCCGGCGCCUGCCACCUUGCGCCCGCGCGGUUGGCCGCGCCCGCGCGCCCUCGGCAUCGCCCCGUCGGGCGCUGGCUCCCCACCUGCGCCCAUUUCAGAGCUCGCCUGCCACUUGGCACCGCGCCCCCGUCUCCGAUUCUCCGCCCGCCCACCCAUCUCGCCCAUAAAUGUGCCCCGCGCUGCCCCAACCCUAGCCGCCGCAUCCUCCGCCUUCACCUCCUCCUCCUCCUCCUCCUCCCGGCCCGCCGGCAUGGCCGCCAUCAGCAGCAGCAGCAGCAGCAGCAAGCGCCGCUCCCCCUCCGCAUCCACCACCUCCUCCUCCUCCGGCGACGGAAUCGGCGAGUACCGGCCGCAGCUGGUCACCCGGAAGCGGAGGUCCGGCGGCCGCGGGCCCCGCGGCGGCGUCCGGUGGAUGCCGGCGAUCCGACCAGUAAAUGAGCUGGAUUUAAAUAGAGUUGCUCUAGAUCCAAAUCAUCAAGUGGCUGGGUUGCGAGUUAUUCUGCAGAAGGAGCUCCGUAAUAGUGACAUAAGCCAGCUUGGGAGAAUUGUUCUCCCGAAGAAAGAAUCGGAGGCUUACCUCCCAAUUCUGACAUCAAAGGAUGGCAGAAGUCUACGCAUGCAUGAUUUGCUAAAUGCGCAACUGUGGACAUUCAAGUACAGAUACUGGCCGAACAACAAGAGCAGGAUGUAUGUACUUGAGAAUACUGGGGAUUAUGUCCGAACCCAUAACCUUCGAGUGGGAGACUUCAUCAUGAUAUACAAAGACGAUGACAAAAACCGAUUUGUCAUCCGAGCAAAGAAGGCGGGAGAUGAUCUAGUUGCUUCUUUGCCACAAUUCCACGAGCAUAUCUCUUCCAUUCUGCCAAUUCCAGAAGUUGAUGACUAUGUGUCUCUAAUCCCACCACCAGCUGACAUCUCUGCCUUUGUGCCACAAGCUGAUGAGAAUUACGAGAUGUUCGAUGGGAUUUUCAACUCUCUGCCAGAGAUACCGGUAGCCAAUGUGAGGUACUCAGACUUCUUCGACCCAUUCAGUGAUUGUAUGGACAUGUCGAAUCCCGGCCUGAACGCCAACAACUCAGCUAACCUGGGAAGUCAUUUCCAUGAUGAGAGGACUGGGCUUUCUUUGUUUCCCAACCCAACGUCUGGGCCUCUGAUGUGA